GUAGGCAUGAUGGAACUUCAGAAAUGGGAUCUUGGUGUUUAUUAAUAAUUUCCUUCGACGUUGCGUGAAAUACGAAUCCAGAAACUAUUAGCCGGUACAAUUAGAAACUAUUAACGAGUUUUCUGUAAAUUUGUUUCUGAUCCGAGACGAUAGCCUUCUAUGGUCUCAAUUUGGAAUUUAAUAGCAGCGACUUUUCGCAAGAUGUACAAGAAACGAGAAGGGAUAUAUUUUUGAAGUACGAUUAAUUGUUCGCGAGAAAAUACAGGAUAAAAAUUACUAUACACUUAAUUGUUAACUGUUAAAAAUGGCUGCAUCCUUGUCAGCUUAUUGGGUGAAGUUUUUCAAAGGGGCUGGAUUUCCACAAGAUGUAGCUACUAAACAUGCGGUUGUAUUCUCUAACAAUCGUAUUAAACCAGAUAUGUUACCAGAUUUAGAUAAACCUAGUUUAAAAGAGAUGGGUAUUACAUUAAUGGGUGAUAUGAUCGCUAUUUUGAGAUAUGCCAAGAAAGUUGUGGAAGAAACAACAUGUGAGAGAUUUUUAGUCGAUACGGAAGAUGUAGCUUCAGCUCCAAAAGUUAAUUCAAAACCUGUUGCAAAGAAAGUAGUCAAAGAAAUUGGAAAUAAGACAACAGUUUUAUUAGCUUCAAAAACAGAUUCUACAAAGAAGAUAGUUAAACCUUUGUCUACAACAGCAAAAAAGAUUGUGACCAUAAAGAAACCAAUAUCUGCAUCAAAUACUAACAAUGUUACUAAUCAAAAGCAAAUCCCUAUCAAAAGAAAAUUAGUAUCAGAAGAAGUAUAUGAAGACGAUAAUAAUUGGAAUAUUGUAGAAAAGAAGGUCAAAGCGACAAAUGGCAAGGAUGACGCCAUCGAAUAUACUGUCACUGUUCCAAAAUCGAACGUAAGAACUCAAAUUCUUAAAAAGCCUGUUGAACAAAAGCGAACAGUAUUUGACAGACUAGGUGACAGUUCUGUUACAAGCACCACCAAUUUAGCUGAUACAACACCUACUUUCAACAUUACUGGUGUCAGUAAAGAUGUAUUCAAAAGAUCGAAUAGUGUGUUUAAGCGUCUUGGCGACAUAGAUGAUAAGAGGGAUCAUGUACCUACUGCAGGAAUACUUAAGAAUGGAUCAGGAAUCACUAGUUCACCUGGUAUAUUGAAGAAUCCACAAUCACCUAGUGUACGUACAUCAAUUGUAACGACGAAAAGAGUUAUAUCUAAAACUACUGGUACUAUGCAUGCUGAUCACGAAAUCAACAAGAAGAUUGGUUUGAACAAUACAAGUCGUAUAUUUAAAGUGAAAAAAGAAUCUGAUGUUACACCAAGCAGUGAAAGAAUCACCAAAUCUGCAGUUACAUCUGGCAAAUUAGCUUCGGAGCGACUUAUCUCUAUACCAGCUAAGGCACGCCUUGGCACUACCACUGCCAAACAAGUGACUUUUAGUAAAAUGGCAACAGUGACGCACGUCAAGAGAAAUGUUUUCAGUCGUUUAGGCCUUUAAGUUGGGUAUCUUUUGAUUUUCCCUUCAUUAUCGCGAGUGAAUAAGCGAUUUGCGAUCAAACCUGUUUGUAUAAAAUAAUUCCCCCAGCUGCCAGCUGCAUUGACAUUGAAUAGUGCUAACCAAAUGAUUAAUUUCAUUUCUUUUUUGUUAUGAUAUGAUAUGAUAAGAGACAUCGCUAAACAGAAUUGCUUGCAAAGCUACAACGAGAGUGUUGUUGCAAAUAACGCAUAUGGUGUAAAUAUAAUAAAAGAGACAUUGACGUUUUAUAUUUACGAUUUAGCUACGUCCAUGAAUUGCUCGGACAUAAUGAUGUUAAUCUAGAGUGAUGUAUAUCAUUUUUCAAUGAAAAUAAUGCAAUUGUUCCUUUUUAUUUUCUUUAAACGUUUUUAAAGAAUUAUUAAAUUUUGCAUAAAAAUUGAAAAAAUGCAAUUGUAUUGUAUGAAAUACAAUUGUAUCAUUAAGAAAUUGUGCAUAUUAGCUUUUUCAAUUUUACGAAAAAACAAUUUUUUAUGUAAAACUGUCUUUUUAUACUUCUUCACGAAAUAAUUACAUGAUACGAAUGUAUGAACGAGCAAUUAUAGAGUUUAUGUAUUUAGAUAUUAUAUUUGUUCUCUUAUCUGCAUUUCCCAUAUUCUCUUCAACGUCUUUUUUCCCUUUAUCGUAAAUAUUUAUUUGCUUCCAUAAUAUAUACAUAAGAAUAGAAAUAUUGUAACAGAGUAUAACAGGAUCAGUUGUAUAUUCUUCGACAUUUCUUGAUAUAUUAAAUCAUUGAAAAAUAUUACUUGCGAUAGAAUUGCAACAGAUUGACGAUUUUAAACGUUUUUUAUAAUUGGCAAUUAAUAUUACAUAUGCUAUAUCAAUUUGUUGCUAUUCUAUGACAUGAUUUUUAAUAAAUAAGGUACAGAUGUAUUUCUCAUUAAUUUAAUAUAGAUUAUCGCUGUCAGGUCUAUCGUCGUAUCGUCGAUUGCUUAAAAGAGAAAAAAAUAUGUAUUUUGAAUAUUCCAAUAAUUAUUAAUGCCUAAUUAAUUUCUACAAGAUUUGCAUUUCUGUGUAAACAGCAUAUAUCUUAAAACCGAAUGAAAAAAAAAAUUGGGGAAAAAGAAAGCUCAAUUUAACGAUAUCUAUAAACUUUUAACACAUGAGAAAAUAUACAUUCGCAAAUACACGAGAAAAAAGAAAUAGAAAAUAAAAAUAAAUAAAAGAAAGAAAGAAGAAAUUAUUUCGUGCAAGUUUCCGCGCAAACAAGUCUUUUCAAAAUAACCGCUUUGACUCUCGCGUAUUCGCGGAAUCGUUUCCCCCUCUAGCUUGUGUAUGACUAGCUCGCGAUCUGCGCUUCCCCU